AUGUUGCAAAACUAAUAAUCAAUAUUAAACGAAUCAUUCCAUUUUGCCAACCUACAAUAGUUUUCUCCUAUUUAUUUAGAAUUUCUUAAGAUUUUUAAUUCUAAUGCUAUAGAUAAGCUUUAAAAUUCAAAUUCUCUUGAUUAACAUAUCAAAACAGAUUUAAGUCUCAAAAAUUCAGAUUCUCAAUCCAGUAGUCCUACCCAGAUUCAUUAAACUAAGAAAAAAUGUCUUAAUAGAAAUACUGUAUAACCAAAAUAAUUGUAACAAUAGAUAAGUUGUUAAAAUAAUAAUUGUUAGAAUAAAAGAAAAAAUUUAAAUGAAACUUAGAUCAAUGGUCAGACUACCCUAUUAUGCAACAGAUGUUCAAUCAAUUUCACUUCCAACAACUAUUGUGAAUAUUGUAUUCAAAUAUAUGAUCCAAAUCUUGGAUAUGAAAUGGACGAUAAACAGUGGAUUAUGUGCGAAAAAUGCAACAGAUGGAAUCAUGUUGAAUGUGAAUAGUCUUUAGGAAAGCAGAAUUUGACCAAAAUUACAUAUUAAACAAAAUAUCAAUGUUCCCAAUGUCAUAAAAAGAUAAAAUAAUCUGCAAAGUUGAAUUUAAACAAAGAUACUUCUUAAGAUCAAGAAUAUAUUAAUACUAAAACAAAAUAACCCCUAGCAAUAAUUAAAUUAACCAAUAAAGAAAUUUUUGAAGAUAUUUCUGAUCUGAGAACUCUAUUAUUUGAUGAGAAGUCAAAAAAAGUGAAAAUAGAAUUGAAUUAAUGA